AUGUCGAUUCCAUAUUUGCCACCAGGAUUUAUAUUCAUGCCCACUGAUUCCGAGCAGCUCCAAUUUCUCAAAGACAAGCUUUUAGGUCGUCUUGAUCAAUAUACUUCUGGUUUUAUCCCAGACAACAUCAAUCCCUAUGGUUGCGACCCUGUCGAACUUCCCAAAGGUGAUCACUUUGAACGUACACAUCAAGCUUAUUUCUUUACCCACAAAAACCAGAACCGAACACUAAAAGAUGGUUUCUGGAUGGCUUCUGCUUUGCCCGAGGAGAUCAACAAUGGGGGUCAAAUGCUAGGUUUGAAGGAGGAGUUCAACUUUUUCUGGUCAGUAGGAAAAGUGACAAUCGAAACAAACUGGGUUAUGCGUGAGUACAGUAUAAACCCAGCUAUAUUUUCAGAAGGCGAGCGAAGAGCCAUUGGAAACAUGGGGCCUGGCUGGUGGGGUGGCCAGAAGUUGGUGUCUCGGAAAAACGUGAAUGGGGAAGGGGAGGUAGGGGUCAAACUAUCACAAAAGUCCUCAGAUGAGAGACGAACACAGUCUUGGGUAGUUUUGUAA